UGUGUGCGGUGUCUCCAAUAAAGGAAAAAUGGCCGGGCCAGGUUCUGCUUUGAGGAUUGUGAUGAUUGGAAAAACUGGUGUGGGCAAAAGUGCCGUUGGAAACACUAUACUGGGAGAGAAACGAUUCCAGUCUAGACCUUCUUCUACAUCAGUGACAGAGUUUUGUGCAAAAGCCAUUAAACACUUGGAAGGCAGAGAAGUCACUGUGGUUGACACACCUGGUAUCCUUGAUACUGAAACAGCUCCAGAAAUGCUUAAAAGAGAAAUUGUGAGUUGCGUUGAGGUUUCAUGUCCUGGUCCUCAUGUCUUCCUCCUGGUGAUCCAAGUUGGUCGCUUCACCCCUGAGGAGAAAAAUGCUGUAAGAGGCCUGCAGGAGCUGUUUGAUGUGAGAGCCAACCAGUACAUGAUUGUGCUGUUCACUCGAGGCGGUGACCUUGGAGACUUGAGCAUCCAGCAGUAUGUUUACCAGGGGCACAGUGAUCUUCGAGGCCUCAUCCAAAGCUGUGGAAGCAGGUUCCAUGUGUUUGAAAACACCAACCCAGACAGAAGCCAGGUCAGAGAGCUGUUCAAGAAGAUUGAUGACUUGGUGGCAGCCAAUGGAGGAAAUUUCUACACAAAUGAGAUGUACCGAGAAAUAGUGCAUGUGACAAAUCAGGGCAGACCAGGGGAAAUUGUGUACGUAUUUGUUGGACCACUUAUGAAACGGAUCUUAAAAUUUUUGAGGAUCCUCCGGGAAUAACUUAGCAAUAUCCUGUAUCUUAUAAAGCAAGGAUUUAAAAAAUAUUUCUUGCCGCUACGAGAGGAGUUGUUGAUUUAUCCAUGUCUGUACUUAUGACACUGUCCAAUGUUUUCAGCUGUUAGAUGUCACCUGAAUAAAAAUGUUUGUUUUAAUUAGGUCAUC